AUGGCAUUUUAUAUUCCGGAAAAUGGACUCAAUUCGCCAAAAACGCUAGACGAUCUCCAGGAACUUAAGGAAAUUCCAACCGAGGACAGGGGCCCAGAAGUGAAACCCGCUUGGUCAGCGAUCUAUGUGAAAACACCAAGCCUCCUCGCCUAUAUCGAUGGAAACCUUGAAAAGCAAAUCGCUCGCGAAGUCGAAACAUGCGAAAUUCUCCGCAAGAACCCCCAUCCGAAUAUCGCAACCUACUAUGGCUACAAGGAUACCCGCGGUCGAGUCUCUGGGCUAUGCUUCAGACGAUAUACGUCAACACUACUUGAAGCAGUCAAUCCCCAACGUCUGGGCAAGGUCGCUUUCCUUUCAAGUGCGCGCGAACUGGUGAAAGCGAAUAUGAAAAGUGGCCUAGAAGGAAUUUUGGCCGCUAUCAAGUACCUUCAUUCUUUCGGACUUGUUCAUAACGAUAUCAACCCUGCAAAUAUUAUGCUUGGCGAUGAUGGUACGUUUAUUCUUAUCGAUUUCGAUAGCUGUCGAUAUAUCGGGGAGUCGUUGCGCGAUACCGAAACGAAAAGAACCCGCCACUGGCACAACCCUGCUAUCGAUAUUUCGCUCGAGAAAAAUGAUCUUGACGCUUUCAAAGAUCUACAAAUCUGGUUGACUGGAUCGGCGGAUGAGAAAUUUGUUUUUGAAUGA